AUGGAACACCUUUUCCAUGCAUUUCGCCGGGUUCAAAAAGGGCUCGACGAUCCCAAUGUUCUUCUGGAGUUAUUCCAAAGACAUGAGAACUUAAAUGAUCCUUCCACAGUCAGUGUUGACGAUCGAAUUCGACUUCUCGAUUUUCCACCUCGAUCGGUUCAAGAUGAAUCAAUUGCAUCAGUGACUACUCUUACAAAGAAAGAACUGGUCAAACGCGGUGCUGAGUUCCCCGCUGCGUUGAGCGAAAAUGAGAUGAAACUUCUUAUGGCCCGAUACUGGCUUGAUGGUAUGAAAUGCCAUAUCGACGAUGCCUUUAUGAAUGCUCUCGAUAUCUUGGAAGACAUCAAAGAAGAUUACUCAACUGAGGUCUGUGACCGCCUUGACCGCUUUCGAGAACCGCUUUACGACGAGAACGAAUGCAAAGCCAUUGAGAAUGCAGGGGCCCAAAGCAUCCGUAGAAGGAAGGCAGAGAAUAAGCAGGAGUUGCAGCAGGACCUAGCCAGAGUGUUUGCAGAGGGAAAGCCUUGGCUUCAGCAACUUUGGCAAGAGGAUGGCUCCAAAACAUGGGGAUACGCUGUUUUCGAGAGUCCACAAUUUGUUGCUGAUCCUAAAUAUGAUGUUUUUAAGGGAGAACAAAAAAAGGCAAUGGAAAGAUCUCUGUGUCGCAUCGGUUCGGGUCUUGAGAUUUAUCGCCGUUAUAAGAUGGAGACGCAAUCCUGGCCAUCCCAGAUAAGUAGUACUCAUCGAUUCCUUGAGGUUGUCGACAAGUUGCGCCAGCAAUUCAAGAAUCGACGAAAUAGAGGCAGCCUUUCCGAUGGUCUUCUUCCAAACGUUUUCUUGUACCUGGAUCAUGAGUCUGCGACCUCACUUUUCGUUGCUCAUGGGCAUGUCGAUGCUAUGUGGAUCUGGGCAGUCGAUCCGGACUACGAGUGUGAGAAUGAUCCUACAGGCGGUUACCAAGGAUACGUGCGUGUUGGUUUUAAGCAACUCGUGGAUAACUUCUACGUUGCCCGCCGCUGGCAAAGUGACCUAUCGAUGAAGGAUCUUUGGAACGCGGCGCAAAGAGAGUCUAACAAAGCAUUCGUAUCCGUGGAGCCGGAGACCCUAGAUAAAUUGCCUCUUAGAAUAGAAAGUAACAAUGUUGCACCGGAAAAUUUACGACUUUUUCAUCCGAUAAGGAAUGACUGA